CCUGCUUCUACACGGCUCCGGCGGCGAAAGGAGGAAAAACUCGAGCAACGGAAGCGAUCGAUUCGGACGAUCUCGAUGAUGAUCUAUCGUCCAAGGAUUCUGGCACCGGAGGCGAUUGUGCAUCGGCCUCGGGCUCAACGAAUGCCGCCCAACGGGGUAGUCAGGAGGAUUUGAAGUGUUUACUUCAAUCGCUCAACCGACACGGUCAACCGGUUGAGCUACAGCUUCAUCCGCAUCCGCAGCAGCACCAUCUUGCAUCAGAUGAUGAUGAUGUGCCCGAUCCGGAUACGGAUCCUCGUAUCGAACCACCACCACCGAUACCACCCGUGAAUGCGACGACGGCGGUUCUUAUAACCGGAAGGAGUCAACCAUCGUCCCAACGGAAGCAAUCUGAUCGCGGGCUUCCACCUCCAGCGGCACUCGUCUCCAGUCGCUUACCAAACUCACAAACCUUCCCGGGGUUCCAUCUACCGCCCUCAUCGGCGGCGAUGGCGGCGGCAGGUCCGUUGAAACCUUCAUCCCUCGAAUCAUCGGCCGAUCCGAUGCCGAUUCCACCAAAGCAGCACCAGAUUCAGGUGAACCAGCUGUAUCAGCUGCUACUCGAGAAUCCGCGGCUGGUAGAAAAACCCGCCAAGUAUCGGCCAAAGUCGGUCGAGCAUUCGUUCGACGAUUACGUUGGCCCGUUGGCAUCGUCCACGGCACCAAGUAGUGGGUUUGGUACGGGCAGCAGUACGAGUAGCGCCGGAGGUGCAAGCAGUCGAGCUGGACGGCAUUCAAUGACAAUGACCGAUCCGGUUCAUAGGUAGACCGGGCGGUGGUGUCAUGUAAAGCGAGUUCCGGGUCCUCUUCCGGCAGCUGGACUGUCGUGAUCAUCGUGCCCGAUCGUCACCUAGCAUAUAAUCACGCUCUCUUCCUUUUACUCUCUUUCUCCUUCCGUCUCUCUCUCUCUCUCUCGCUCUUUUACUAUCUAUUCGUCUCACACUUUUACUGCUCAAUAUUAAUCAAUCGGGAUGGGCAGAUGGCCCUUUUCCACCAUUGCAUCAUUCCACACAAGUUUGAUGGUAUGGAUGACUCGUACACUACAGGCCUACAGAGGUCUGCAAGGAGUCCGAUAUGGCUGACCGCAUAAGAACUAGGAAUAAGUGACUGUUGACAGUUGAUUUGAAAGUUCCUUCAAUUUGUAUCGUACUAAACGCCCGCAGGAAAUGCUCACAAAUGCUCGAGACUUCCAAGGAUUCGGUAAAGCAGAAACAGUUCCUUUGAUUGUAAGUCCACGGGGAAAUGAACCGUUGUAGCUCGGUGCAGGAGCAAGAACACAGGAAUUUUGAUAACCGGGGAGGGGUGCGCUUCACGUGGGAAGCGGAAACGGAAAGUGCCACAAAAGACAGAACAGAGAUGGUACGUUAAUGAACGGUGAAAUGCUGCCCCAUGAGCUACUAGAAACCGACUCCUAUCGGCCUUCGUCUAUUUUAUGUAAAACAUACAAACAGCAGAAUCCCAUUUUGGCCUUUCUACAGUUGCCCGAGUUGUUAGUUGAACGAACAUUGCAUUUGUUAUCAUUCCAGCACUGGUUAGUAGUGUAGGGUUUUAGAUACUAAAAUUGUUUUUCACGCAAAAGGACUAAUGCGAAGACCCAUACGAGAUACCUGGUUACCAGUGGUGCGGCAUUUCAACGUUCAUCAUCUGCCACCGAUCGACUGCGCCAUAGAAGUUAGAUUGUGAUCGUAAUAGUUGUCUUAACCGAUCGUUUGGGAAGUUUUUGCGAAACAUAACGAGCGCAAAUGAGUAUAGGACUGGAGGGUGUGACCGACAGACAGCGCGUUGUUAGUUGAUAAGAGUCUUUCGCUCGGAUGCGAGCGAACCAGAUGCCGUGCUAGAUAAGGAUUUGUUGGUGUGUUUGUUUGCGAGUGUGUGCGUGUGUAUGUGUGUGUGUGUGUGUGUGUGUGUUGGUUUGAAUUCAAAACGUGUGAUAGACCUUCCUUCUUUUCAUUUUCCCAAAAAAAUCUAUCUUCCUUCACAGGAACAUUGCGUGAUUCCGCUUUCCCCUGUUUACUCCUACGUCCAUGCUGUUUUGAUUGAUUUGAUUUUGUUGAUAUGAUUAUGCUGUUCUGUUACGAUAAUAGCACGAGAACUAAUGGUGUGUAGGAACGGAUGAUGGUUAGGUGCAUAAGUUGUAUGAUUUUAACUGUUAGCGAAUUUUGGUCUGUGAUUUUUGUUUUUGUUUGCCUCCCAAAGCUACGCUAGAGGAGUGGUAUCGAUAGAUAUGAUUAGUUUUAGUUUAAGUUAGUAUUAGUACUUUUCUCCCCGCAUCAACAUGCACCAGUGACAGUUUCUCUUAUUUUACGCAUCCCAAUGUUCCCCAUCCUUCAAAGCGAUUUCACUGAGCAGCCUGGUUCUUCAGGCUUUCCGGAUUCCGAUGUCUAGUGCAUCUCACAAAUGGUAGAUGGUUUUGUGCUUUUCAAUGUGACCGUACCUAACUAAACUGAUUAACGUCUUAAAACUUAGCAUAACGAUGGCAAAACUCUUACACUCGCAAGUACACCAAGAGGCUUCAAAUGUUUCGUUCGAUGCUUUGCAAAAUGGGCAGCUUGUUUCGGCCGCUCUGUAUAGCGAUAAUGGCAAACCAAAGAUACCGUCACAUUGAAGCACGAUACACGCUGCCUCACCUGUAUCGCACAAUCGCAGGAAAUGUUUCUACUAAAAAACUGCUACUACUACUACUACUACUACUACUACUAUUAAAUAACUCCUAUUGCAGCUACUUUCACAAAGAGAACGUUCCUUGGAGACAGCUUGAGAGAAGGAUCAAUAAUCUUUCGGAAGCCUUCAUUAUAGAUACUUACGAUGUUGCCUUACGCCUUGCCAAGAAAAGGGUGGUUUUGCUUAAAAACAAAAUUAAAUUUUACAACAGUAAUUUGAUAAAAAAAAAGUGCGAUUAAACAGUGUACUUCCUGUUAGCGACAUGCGACAAAAUGCAUUAGUGAGGAAGCAGUAUUUUCAUCAUUUUGGCCGCAAAUCUUUUAAAUUCCCAUUUGAUAUUAGAAUGCCAGGUCGACAUUUGGUUCAACAAAUGUUUCCUUGUAUCCUCUGUUGAACUUCGCGAUCAAGAUAUUGACACCGAGAUCCGAUCGAAAAAUUAUAAAACCUGGAAAUCGCAAGAGAACCACUCGGAACCAGUGAGUAUUAAGAGCCGAAGCAUCACACGUGCGUAGCUAAAGAAGGAUACUAAUCAGUGUUGAAAUACUAAAAGCAAAAACUAUAAAUCACAAACGUAUUGAUUGUCCUUUAAAAUAGAAAUGGAACCGUAUGUCGAAACCGAAUCAUCACAUGGCAGCACCUAGCACUUCUAUUCUUGAGAAGUGCACCAAAACUAGCAUAAGGACGAGAACACAUUAUUUAUUUGCGAAUGUUACAUUAAGCGAACAGUAAGUCACUUAACAAAGAUAACCCAAUCCGAUGUACUAUACUGCAGAAAUGAAAUAAAAACAAACAACAACAGUGAA